AUGGGCAAUACUCCUUCCGCAACGUAUCCAGGACCAGUUAUUGCCAAAAGCCAAAGGAACCUUUGCAAAAGAAUAAAUGAUGGAAUAUACGGCUUCGAAUGUCAGUGCACUAAAGAAGAUAUAGAGAAACAAAGAGAUGAAUGCAGGGAGUUCAAAAGAGCAUGGGAGUUUGCUGAUCACUAUAAAUGUUUUGUAUCCACAAAUCGCACUUUAUGCCAGCUCCAUGAAAAGUUUGCCCAGUACGGACCCUAUCGGCCUUGCCAACCUAGGGCAUCGGCUGACCUUAAUAUUAAAGUAGACUCGGUGUUGAUAGUAUUAGGUUCUGAGAAUCAACAAAAUGUGACGAUCAGCACGGGGAUGAAUGUUGGUGCUAAACAAUUGCAUUCUAUCUUCAGUGAGUGUGGUCUGUCUACCGAUACGAUUAGGAAUCUUAUUCUGCAAGAAAUUGGCGAACGAUGCUUUACAUCCUCUGCAACUAGUUCUACUUUAGCCGGCUUCAAAAACUUAAGUCUUUAUAAUUUCAUAUAUGACAAUGUACAGGAAAGUCUACAUGAUCCAUGGAACGAAUUGAAAUACCCUACCUUUUUUAUUGGAUGCACUGAUAAAGAUGGCGAUCAGAAUUUUCCGGUUGUCUAUGGUAUUUGUAAAGUGAUUAAACAAAUUUCGAAACAUUUGCAGCAGGAGCAUUUGGAGGGGAACGUACAUCAAAUUGUAAAGUUAAUGAAUGCAAGAAAUCUUUGA